AGAGUAACAAUUUAGACAAUCAAGAAUUGCCUGAGGUUGAAGGAGUAAUAAGAGUUGCACUCGUUGUCUUCUUCAAACCGAAGAAGCAGUUCGACGAGACAGAUCUCUCGGAGUUGUUCAUUCUAUACUUCAUUCUGCUCGGGGAUUCCAUUUCAGGCGGAAAAUAAUUGUGACGAAAUUAGAUAAAUAGUAUCAAAAAAAUGGAUUUAAUACUUUAGUUUAAUAUUUCUGUGACAUUAUGAAAGUGAGAUUGGAUUUUCCGUUCGCCGGUGUGCUUUUAAUUAUUGCACAUUUGGUAGGAGAGACGUUGACCUAUGAACCUGUAGGUCAUUCAUUGUUAUAUAAUAAUCAGUGGGUUGGCAGUUUUGGUGCUAUUUUAAUUCCUACAUUGACAAUAUGGCAGUUUGUUACGUCAGUGCAAUGUACGAUAGUGGAUCCUGCGAAAGAGAUGAGGGCAUUCGCCUCACAACAAGAAAAAGCCGUCCAACAACAAAGACAGCCCAAAAUCAUUAAAGAAUUGACUAUGCUCAAUCGCCAGAGCUGUUUAUCCAAAAUUUUGUGCGGUGUGGAAGUUGCCAAACCUCCAUCGUCCUCUUCGUCAACCAUGAAUGAUUAUGCUUUCAUAGUCAAAAGUUUCUUUGACGUUUUGUCACUUGGUGGCCGAGGUAAAAAGAAAAACGGCAACCAAGAUGAUGAAAGUCCAGAAAGUGAUGAAGAAGAAGAAGAUGACAUUGAAUCUUUAUCUGGAUCUCGACGUAAAAAUUCAAAGAAACGAUUUUCAAGUAACUUUGGUGGCGAGCCUGACAUUGAAGACACGUAUUCAAAAGAUUUGGAGGAUUUGCUUAAAGAACGCGAUGGCUUCUUUAAAAGGAGAGGAAGACAAUAUAAUUUAACUGCAGUGGAAAACCUCACAAAUUCGAAAUUGGAUCGAAUGACGAGAGGAUUUUUAGGAAAUCCACGAUUUGAUAAAACAGCAUUUUUAAAUAAGAAGCAAUUACAAAUUCAACAGGCCCAAAGUGAUCAAGAAAAAUUACAAAUUGCCGGCGAAGUUGCAAAUAAAUUACAAAAUCCAAGGCAAUGUCGUCUUUUGAGCUGGUUCCGUCCAAGUUACACGACGACCACCACAAUUACGACAACGUCAAAUGAACCAUCAGUUUCACAAAGUACCGUUAAUUCAAUGUGUCCAUUUACUGUUAGUGAAUUACAAGCCAUGAUUGGUCCAGUCGCUAGUCCACAAAAUGUUAAAAAUGAAGAACAAAUUACCAACAAUGUUCAAAAUCAAAUUACGAAAAUUGUUCCACUACCAAAAUACCAUCCAAAACCAGCGUAUCAAAUUUUUCCAAAGGCUUCCAUAAAGACUACUCCCAUCCCAAUUUCAGUUUAUGGUGAAUCUGAUCCGGAUUUGGAGUUAAUUAAAGAUCCAUUUUAUUCACUCCUUCCUCCGGAAUAUGCACCACCCAAAGAGCAACAGGACGAGAAAUAUGGCAAUUUUUAUUUAAAUUCGGAUGAUGCAUCUGCCAAUUAUCAAUCUACCCAAGCGCCAAAAAAAGUGCUCAACGCCACAACAACAACGACGACAACGACGACUCCGAAACCCGUAUUAACCAGUGAAGAAGAAGAGGAAGAAGAUGAUAUUGACGAUUCUGUUGAAGAAAACAAUGACUUUGAAGAACACGUACAAACACAUCCCAACCCACACGGCCACAACAACAAAGGAGGAGGAAUGAGGUACAUGGCUUCAACUGUUGGUCAAAGUUCCAGAAUAAGAAUCCGAAUUCCCAGUAAAAUUCACAUUUCAAUUCCAUCCAUUCGUGGAAUUGCGGCCAACUUUAGAAAAGAUGUACAAAAACCUUUGAAUAUUCCAUUGCCAAAUCCAGUCGAUGAUAAUUCAGACGAAUCUCCGAUCGAAAGGCGAGAAACCAAACGGCAAACGAAUUUUAAUCAUGAAAAACAAUUAGUUUUUAAAACUAAUUUAGAAUUUCAAGACAAAAUUGUUGAUCAGAAAGCACCAGAAUUUUUUGUUUCUAAAAAGAAACCAUUGGAUCCACCACCACCGAUUCCUCCGAAACAGAAUUAUGAUGACGAUGAUGAAGAUUCCGAAGGGGAGGAAGAAGAAGAAGAAGAAAGAUCAAGUAUCCAAACUCAACAAAAAUAUUCUGAUGAUGAUUCCAAUGAGGAGAUAAUUCCUCAGAAAUAUGAAAGUCAAAGUCAAAAACAAUCAAAACCAACAACUCGUCGUCCCCUGUUAUCAUUUAAUUUACCGUCAAUUUUACGGUCAAAAACUACGACUACAACCACAACCACACAAAGGCCUCCACCAACGAAAUAUUCACCCAGUAAAAAUUCCACAGGAUUACUGCGACACGUUUUAAGCCCACAUGGAAUGCGUACAUUGUCCACAAUCACCUCAAUGUUUUAUGGUUCUAAACAAGAUGAAGUCCAUCCACAUGAAAAUGCUCCGCCGCCGCCACCUCCACCACGACGACGACGAAAGAAAGGACCAAAACGUCAUCGACGACCACGACCAAAGAGACCCCGCCCACAACACGAUCAAGGUGACGAUGAAGAAGAGGACGAUGAGGACGAGGAAUCUGACGAAUCGAUAGAAACUAAACCCACGCCGACGAUUCCACCACUCGUUCCAGUCAAAAUGCCACCACGAAUAGUCGCCGUUCCAAUUUAUUUAGAAGGAAAGGAAGCCUGGGAAAAGGCACAAGACGAAGAAGAGUUUUUCGAGCCAAAAACAAAAAAUAAGGUGAAAAAUAAACCAGAAAAGUAUGAUUACGAUGAAAGUGUGGAAACUACAAAUUCUGGCGAAGGGAUUGAUUUCGGACCUGGUCAAGGAAUACAAACGGAAUAUUCUGAGAUUGUGGAUAAAGUUAAACGACCUGGGCUUCAUAAUCCCAACAGUGAUCGAUACGUCUAUGGCCUUCCUACCACGUGGGAAUUUAUGUACGAUGAAUUAAAGAAGCAGAAAAAUAAUCAGAAAAAUAAGGAAAGUGGGAAUGAAAGUGACGAGUCUGGAGAAAGUGGUGGCAAUGAUUCAAAACCGCCGAGGAGAAAACCUCCCCCACCGUUGAAUUACUAUAAUAGGAGACCUGCAGCAUCACAUUAUUUCCCUUUGGAACCUAUUGAUUAGUUUUAUUUAUUUAUUUAUUCAUUUACAAGAGAGGAGAGUAUUAAUAAACCGAAUUACUGAUCGAAAUGUCGUAAGAGUGAA